AGCGAAUCCGAUCGGCAAUCCCAGGCGUCCGCGUACCACGAACGUCCGAAGAUCGACAAGCCACGCAUCACGCUAUCCACGUUCACAGGCAACGAUCGAGAUGCAUGGCUCCACAGGGCAGUACAAUAUUUUGAGCUUAACGAAACUGACGGUCCCGAUCGCGUGAGGUAUGCAGCUUAUUAUCUUGAUGGUGAGGCCAAUGUAUGGUGGCAAUGGCUCACACGGAUCUAUCGCAAGCGACAACAAAUUAUUACUUGGGAUGUUUUUGAGAAGGAGUUACUUACGCGAUUUGGUACGUCUGAUUAUCAUAACUACAAUGAGGCUCUCACGCGCAUACGGCAAACGAGCAAUCUACGUGAAUACAUCAGGGAGUUCGAACGACUGGCUUGCCGCGUGCGCGAUUGGCCGGAAGAGGCACUAGUUGGUGCGUUCAUAGGCGGAUUAAAAUUUGAUCUAGCGGCAGAGGUUCGGCUCGAGAGGCCUGACACCAUGCAUGACGCGAUGGAAGUAGCCCGACGGAGAGAAGACCACUUGGCUACAACACGCCGAGGACGCGCGGACAACCGCAUUACGGAUGCGCGUCGCACGGGUCCGGGCCAAGUAACCACGAGCGCACGGCCAGUCUUCAAUACGCGGCCAACGGGGCUAGAAGUCCGUCGAUUGUCGCUAGAGGAAGUUACACGGCGACGUGAGAAGGGUCUCUGUUUUAAGUGCGAGGAGAGGUUUACCCCGGGGCACCAAUGUAAGCAAGCCUUUACAAUUGAGGUGGCAAACCCGGACGACGAGGAGGUUCAGGUCGAGAAGGAACCGCCUCAGGAGGACGAGAUUGAGACCUUUAGUGAGGAGCCUGAAAUCUCGAUGCAUGCGAUGGCAGGGAUCAGAGGACCGAAAACCAUGCGACUACCAGCAUGGGUCAAAGAUCGAAGAGUAAUAGUGCUCGUAGACAACGGUUCGUCACAUAACUUCAUCAAUGCUGACUUGUCUCACAAGUUGAAAUUACCAACCACAAAAAUCGAACCCUUCGAGGUACGAGUAGCCAAUGGAGAGAGGUUGCAAUGCACUGAAUCUUUUCGGAAAGUGCCGAUCAAAUUCCAAGGAGUCACGGUAAAAGCUGACCUGUAUGCCUUGCCCCUAGUUGGACCAGAUGUAGUGUUGGGAGUUCAAUGGCUCGAGGGGCUAGGCAAGGUGACGACCGACUAUCGGACAGGAAUUAUGGAGUUCAACUCUGAAGGUUUGCAGGUCACCCUAAGCACCGGAACUGAGAAAGGAACUAAGGAAGUAGGGUUGAAAAGUAUUGAAAGA